AUGUUUGGACGCUUAGAAAUCUCCCUCUUCCGCCCCUCGAAGAGCCCAUGUCCCUUCGGAGGGAGGAUACAGUCUCGUUUUGCAUCAGCGCACAUUUGUGGGCCUUGCCAACAGUGGGUGGGCAGAACUUUCCAUGAUUUGCUCGGAGUCUCAGCUCUGUUUCCAUCUCACGAGUUCGUCGUCAAGGGUUUAGAUCAUGUUGGCGAAGGAGGGUUUGAUGUGGGUCUUCAAUCAGAAAGAGAAGAUUUGGAGGAUGUCUUGUCUGCUCAGAACGAGUGGCACAUGUUGCGACUUGAACCCGAUUCUCGCCAUCCGCCACCAACUUGCAAAUCGCGGCCUCCUCUUCCGUCUCGUUUUGAGUCGACCUCCUCGACGCGGUUGCUUCGAAAUGACUCGUCGUCAACCGCCCACGACCAUCAGCGCAACCAACUCGGCGUCAUGUCGAGCCUAAAUGGUGCGCCCGUCGGUCGAGUUCCGUCGUUGGCCUCCGGGGGUCGCCAGGCCCGUGAUCUCUUUUCUUCAGCCCUUCAAGCGGAUCGCGCCGGGAGCGCGGAUCUGUCUGCUUUGCGGCAAGCAGAGAAGCAAAAACCUGCGCUACGACGUUGUCUGCGUCUGCCACAGCAUGAGCGUCUGCCAGGCCUGCAUCGCCGACAAUCUUCCGACGCCGCCGACCUGCUGCUCGUCUUGGCCGGAACAACCAUGGCACCGUGUCGCCAGGACGCACAGAGUUCCCAGGUUCGAGUCCCGUCGGGGUGCUGA